AUGGCUGCAACAACUGAUGAUAUUAUGAACUACCUUAAGGCAAAUACCAGUGGAUUCUUUCUGCUUAAAGUAGAGCAUUUACUAGUGAUGGAUAGUAAAAGAAAAAGAAAUAUUCUUCCUUGUUUCUUAUAUGGAGUUGCUGAUGAAUAG